AAGCGUCACGACGGGCGGGAAAUUUGAGCGCCAUUUUCUGUGUUUGCUGGCCGGGGGCGGAGGUUCUUCUGCUUCGUUUUGGGAUGGCGCGAAGGAGGGAGUCUGAGGAGACGGACGAGCACUUUUCAGACGCUGAGAGAUUGAAGGCUGCUGUUCACUUCACCGUCGCUGGCCUCUGUGAAGAAGUUGCAGAAGACAAAGGGAUUCAGUUUAGUAAACAAGCUGUUGCUGCUAUUUCUGAAAUCACCUUCAGACAGUGUGAUUCCUUUGCACAGGACCUUGAAAUGUUUGCUAAACAUGCAAAACGAAUUACAGUUAAACCUGAAGAUGUGAAACUUUUGUGUAGAAGGAGCAACUCACUGCUGAAGUACAUCACACACAUGAGCGAAGAGCUUACUUUGAAAAAGGCAGAAGGAAAAGCGAAGAAAAAAAAGACGUCCAGCAGAACCUCCGAUGAGCUAGCGGGACGUGUUGCAGCUGACAGUGAGGACUCCAACAUGGCCUGACUGUUUUUCUCCCUGGCUGCCCCCUCUGGACUCUGUCUGCCUUUUGUCAAAGAGCAAGGAAGAGCUGAUAUUGCGAUGCAGUUUUCCAGUGUCUGCUUGCUUUUGACCAGGGCUCACUAUGGUUAGCGUUAAGAAGGAGCCCUUUAACUGGGGUGUCCAUUCCAUCUUUGAAAAUGCAUGCGAGAAACAGAUACUUUAAAGGAUUCAGGAAGGAAAAAUCUGAGUGGAUUUCCAAGGGGGAAUGUCACUUAUUAAACAGAAAGUUUGUUUGUUCGGAUUGUAACAAGACUUGUUAUUCUUAUAGGAGUGGUGGUCAUGUCUACUCACUGUUUGUUUAUAACAUUUAGCACCCCAUUUGUUCAUUUAAGAAAUGCUUGGAGAGACUUAGGAUGUUAAAUUAAAACAAUAAAAGCAUACAAAAAUAAAA